UUUUGCAGAUCGCCUUAAUAAUUUUACAUCUCGCGAUAAGUCACUCACGUUCACGUUCUCCGUACAGCCCAGAAAAGGAAGGUUCUUCUUAUUUCUUUGAAUCAGAUGUUGUUAUCAAAGGGGAGAAGAUGUCUAAUAAAGACAUGGCUCCAACGUCAUCCCUCAUGGCUCUUCAUUCAGAUUCACAUAAGCAAAGCAUCCUGAGCAAAUUUGAUAAGCUCAGGAAAAGAGACCUACUGUGUGACAUCACUCUUGUUGUGGAAGAUGUGUACUUUAAGGCACACAAAGCUUUACUGGCAGCAAGCAGCGAGUACUUCUCCCUUAUGUUCACAGCAGAAGAUCGGAUCCAUCAGAACACCUUUCAACUCCAUGGCAUUGCAGCAAAGAUGUUCGCUGCUGUGCUGGAUUUUAUCUACAGCGCCCAAGUGUCUGUGGAGGAGAGCGCCACUGAGCAGCUCCUGGCCACAGCUCAUCUUAUGGAGGUCAGUGACCUUGUCAAAGUGCUCAGUGAACUCCAUGGCUCCACAGCCAGAGGUAAAAGUGGCAGUAUGAAUGCAGGCAAAGCUGAGACGAUAGAGCUGUUAAAACGCAAAAGAGGCCGGCCAAAGAAAAUCCUAGAUGUGCCUUGUGAAAACUCAGAAGACAGACAGGCUGGGGAUGAUGGAGAAACAGACUCCCUGUCUUCUAAAGAUGAUGCAGAUUAUAACCCCAGAAUGGACCGGAGGCGUCAGAGCAAACGUAAAAUAAGGCCACCUGUAAAAUAUAAGGGCUACAAGGUCGGUGGUGAUUCAGCCGGAAGCCAAGAGCUGGGGAAGAGAGGCUGUAAGAGGAAAUACCCCAAUACAGAAGCGCGUUGUGAGGAUUGUGGAAAAAUAUUCAAACACCAUCUGUUUUUAAAGAUUCACCAAAGAACUCACACUGGUGAAAAGCCUUUUCACUGCCUGGUUUGUGGGAAGAGUUUUACCCAGAAGCACACUCUGCUGGCUCACCAGCGCAUACACACUGGAGAAAAACCCUUUGUUUGCAAAGUAUGCUCCAAAGCACUUUCUACCAAACACUCCCUGCAAGAGCACAUGAACCUCCACGAAGAAGAGAAGUCGUUUGACUGUGAUAAAUGUGGAAAGACUUUCACUCAGAAGAAACAACUUAAAAGUCAUUACAGAGUUCAUACAGGUAAAUCCUUACCUGAAUGUGCUCAGUGUCAUCACAAGUUUAUGGAUGCAGCUCAACUGAAGAAGCACCUCAGAACACACACAGGUGAAAAGCCUUUCACUUGUGAGAUUUGUGGGAAGUGUUUCACAGCUAAGAGUACACUGCAAACUCACAUCAGAAUUCACAGAGGUGAGAAGCCAUAUAACUGCAACAUCUGCAACAAGUCGUUCUCAGACCCCAGUGCGAGACGACGACAUAUAGCCUCCCACUCAGGGAAGAAGCCCUUCACUUGCUCCGUCUGCAGCCUUUCAUUCACACGUCUGGACAAUCUGAAAACACACACCAAAUCCCACAGUAAGGAGAGAACUGCCUCAUCAGAUGCAUUGGCAGCUGGCCCCUCGGCAGCACCACCGCGUAACACCCUACAGCUGCAGCAGUACCAGCCCCCCCUCAGCUCUGAGCAGGAGAUCCAGUUGGUGGUGACGGGUGGGAACAACAUCAAUUUCGUACAGAGUCAGGACCAGGAGAUCAACCUUAUCCCUACAGAGGGGGAGAUGGCUCAAUCAGCCCACUCUAGACUCACGUUCCUCGCCCAGCCAUCCGAACAUGUGCAGAACGUGGCCCUGGUCACUCAGGGGGAUGUGGUGGCGCAGACUCCUCAGAUUCACGCUGUUAGUAUGCUGGAGAAUCAGAUGACACACCAGCCCGAGCAGAUGCACAUUAUCACACUGAGCAAAGAAGCAAUGGAGCACCUACAGGCUCACCACGGUCCUCCACAUUCACUUCAGGUAGUACAGCGUCCCUUCCAACAGCUGCAGGUGACGCACCAUCCGCUACAGCAGCUGGCUGUGGCUCAGGAGAGCCCGCAGGGGCAGGUGAGCAGGGAGCAAAACAACCAGGCCAUUCACAUCAGCAGCCACAGCAGCCAGCCCAUCGCCAUCAGCCAGACCAGUGAGCAGAUCUCCAGCCACCACAUCCAGGGACAGACAUUUCAGAUCCAGGCUGGAAACGUCUCCUACCUUUACACCACUGGGCUGCCACAGGAGAGCUGAGGUUGGGAUGGACACUCAGGACAUAAAUCUGAAUGUGCUGAAGCCAAGCUAAUGAAACUGCUGCUGUACACUGCAAAUAUGAAUGAAUAAAUAUAUCAAAACUUA